UGGCACACGGCGAACCGAGUAGCGUCACUGCCACACGAUGCCAGGUGUGGAGCGGCGCCGAGAUCAACAGUAUGUCAGUCUAUAACGGUGGGAUUUAGCAAUAAGCGCAACCAUAUUAAAGAGCGCUAAAUCCUGGGAAGUAAGGCCUGGUAACCGACGUUUCGGAAUAAUAUUCUUCAAUGUCGAAGAGUAAACCACAUACCAUGGCUGAUACGUGGUUUCUGAUGGGCAGCCCAGCGCCCAUUUUGUGCAUUGUGGCAUCUUAUCUCUACUUCGUCCUCAAACUUGGGCCCAAACUAAUGGCUUCACGUAAACCCCUCAAUAUGAAACCUUUUCUUUUGGCCUACAACUUCUCUAUAGCGGUCCUAAGUCUCUAUGUUGCCGUGAUGAUUGCUGCCGGAGGGUUGGUGUCCCAUUUGAUUGUCGAGGGUUGCAAUCCCAAACAGAGAUCAAGCGAGCACACUUACAAAGUACACUUGUGUAGCUGGUGGUACUUAAUGUCGAAAGUAGUGGAACUGACGGAUACCGUGGUCUUUGUGCUGCGAAAGAAGGAGAGACAAGUUUCUUUCCUCCAUGUUUAUCACCAUGCUUCUCAAGUAUUAUUUACGUGGGCCUACCUGAAGUAUCUACCAGGUGAACAAGGAAUUGUGGUGGGUUUCAUCAACUCUGCGAUACAUGUAGUCAUGUAUUUCUACUACAUGGUGGCAGCGAUGGGCCCAAAGUACCAGAAAUAUCUGUGGUGGAAGAAGUACAUGACUUGGAUACAACUGGGACAGUUCGUGUUAAUCCUGGGCUAUCUCAUUUUUACCUUGGCCUCGGACUGUCACCUUCCAAGACAGCUUAGCAUCUUAUUCAGUAUAAACACUUGCAUCCUGCUGGGCCUGUUCACGAACUUCUAUCUCCAAACGUACAAGAAGAGGAAGGAACUGGACUAAAGGCAACUUUCUUGUAAAGUUCUAAAUGGUCAAAUGAAGAAAUGGAGCAGUCCAGUCACUCUUCGUGGAUAAUUAUUGCGUUCUAAGCCAUGCCAUGGAGACUGACUAGUAGGUAAUUUCGUUGAUAUACUUAUAACAGAGCGGAUCAUCUCUGGAUCGACCGAGAGAUGAGAUGCCCCCGCCUUUGGAAUUGGCUUCUGCGCCUGAAUGGAUAUGCUGACACUUCCCGCCCCACAGCCAAGUCAUAGCUCUAACUAUUGCAUUUAGUCUGGCAGGAAACAUAUUCUCUCUGCUUUUAUGCCCCUUCGCAACACCGUGGGGAGAGCCUGAGAAGUUCGCCUAGUCCGUCCGUACGCCGGACAUUCGGGAAUCGCAGUACCGAUUUUCAUGAAAUUUGGUAUAAGAAGUUCUUAUGAGAAAUUGUCAAGCCACUCCAAUUCUGACUUGGAGCUGAUAGGUAUAACGAAGACUUUACAUAAAAAUAUGUAUGAGUUCUUGUGCGCACCUUGCUAAUAUUUUCUUUUUUUUUUUAACAAAGAUAUUUUAAACAGUUGUGGAGAUAAAUAAAGUACAUGUUUUAUAUUCAAUGAA